AUGGAGGAGAUGCAGAAAGAGCUCAAGGAUCUGAAGACCGAGGAGCAACACUGGUCCGCGCACUUCAAAACGCUGGCCUCUCACCGUGAAAAGCUGGCGCGCGACGCCUCGCAGGCGCACCGCUUGUGCCGAGAGACGGCGGACGAGGUGGCCAUGAAGGAGCUCGAGGAGCAAGACCUGAAGAAGAAACACCAGGAGAUCAGCCAGAAGCAGAAGGAGUUCUGCACCAUGUACGAGGUGGUGAAGAACGAGCGCAACAAGUACAUGACACACAUCCAGAAGUCGGAUCAGCACCUCUCGGAGAUGAAGGAGAAGUUCAAGAUCUUGUCCAACGAGGUCGAAAUUCUCCGCAUGGAGAGCGCCUACAAGGACAAGCAGCUUGCGCGAAUCCGACAAGAGGCCCAGCGGCUGGAAGUCAUCCACGACCAGCUCCAAAACGAGAAGACCCGCAUCACCGGGAAGGGGACGGCCCUCAAUGAGCAGGUGGAGCAGUUCGUGAUCGAGAUUGACAAGCUCAACUCCAUCAUCAGCGCCAUUGAGAAGGAAAUGGUGGUGCUGGCGAAGUCUUGCCUGGGUGUUGUCCUACCUGGCGACCUCUUGGGUGGGUCCCUCUUCGCAAACGUGCACCGCGGGGAGAGCGUCGUGGACGUCCUGAACGCAAUUGAUGUGGACUACUGCGUCUUGGGGAACCAUGAGUUCGACUACGGCGCAGAGCGCACGAAGGAGCUGAUGAGUCAGAGCAAGUUCCCCUGGCUGGGUUCCAACGUCCGCGAGCUGCGAGGGCAGGCUGCGGAGAAGCCUCUUUUCCACAACACCAUGGACCACGAUACCUUCGACGUCCCGCUUCCGGGUGGUGGCAAUGUCAAGGUGGGUGUCUUUGGCCUCUGUACACCUGCGACUCCUCAGCUGUCACAGCCUGGCAAAGAUGUCAUCUUCGAGCAGCCGCACGAGCAUGCCGACCGCUGCGUCAAAGAGCUGAGGGCCAUGGGCUGUGAGUUCAUCAUUGCGCUGACUCAUCUCACUUUGAUGGCCGACAAGCAGCUGGCCGAGUGGUGCCCGGGCAUCAACGUCAUCCUUGGUGGCCACGACCAUGAUCCCUUCCUUCUCGUCCACCGCGGCGUGCUCAUCGCGAAGUGCGGACAGAACGCAGAUCAUCUGGGGGUCCUCGAUCUUUUCCUGGACCGAGGAGGUCCCAAGGGGGCCCUGCAGAUCAACCACUCCUUCAAGUUCUUGACAACAUCCCUGGCGACGGCUCAUCCUUCAGUCCUGCAGGUGGUGGACAAGUGGCAAGCGACCAAGAACGGCCAGGAAGACGAGGUGCUUUGCAUGAUAGGCGACGUGGAGUUGUCUUCGAGCACCAAUGAGCUCAGAACGCGUGAGAACGCUUUUGGGUGCCUGGUCGCUGAUGCCAUGCGCUGGGCCUACCGAGACGAAGGUUGUCAGGCGGCGAUCAUCAACGGCGGCUUCAUCCGCCAGGAUCGGUCCUACCCUGCGCACACAGCACUUACCAUGACGCACGUGUCUGAAGAGAUGCCAUUCACGAAGCGAGUGGCCCUCCAGCGGCUCACCGGCCGCGCGCUGCGACGUGGGUUGGAGGAGAUGCUCCGGCCGGCGCCGCCGACCUCCUCUUUCCCACAUGUCUCCGAGGGACUCCAUGUCGUCUUCGAGCCCAGCGCGCCAGCGCUUUCUCGCAUCCAGCGCCUGGAGCUCAAUGGCAAGGAGGUGGAGCCGGAUACGGAGUACUUAGUCGCUGUCAGCGAGUUCUACAUCCUGGUCGCAGGGGAUGGUGUGGAGACGUUCCACAAAACCCCCGUUGAGCACAUGAAGGAGACCCUCAUCCGUGACCACGUGGUUGCCUACCUCCGCAGCCGCGACUCCGUCAGUGGGGCCCUCCCUCAGCGUGUGGAGGCCUUCGGUGGAUCCUUUCUUUUGCUGGCUGUUAGAGUGGGCCUUCUCUCGGCCGGUUGGGCUGUGGAGGUGGAGCUGAGACUCAAGUACGAGCAGGCCGUGGAGACGCGAAACUUCACUGGUACCCAGCUCAUCGACAGGAACGACGAGCUUUGCAUCCUCUGGGAGAAAGCCAACAUCCAGGAGAAGCUCCUAAAGAAGGGUGAGGAUGCCAUGCAGCGGAAGGAGGAGGAGAUCCGGAGCCUGAAGAUUGAUCUCGGAGAGGUUCAGAGGCAGCUGAUCGUCGUGCGAGGCAAGAUGCCCGAGGUCGAGUCUCUGGCCGAGUCGGUCGCGCAGUUGCGUGAGCAGGUUAACAUGGUUUGCAUCCGACUCGCCCUGGGGCUUCAGCAAAAUGUAGACUUCAUAAGUAGAGGCAGGGCAGGAAUUCCGGGCAUUUCGCAUCCAGCACUCAUGGCCCAAGUCGCAUUCCCGGAGCCAGUGAAAGGUGAGACCAACCCCAACGUGGUGCUCGGUACGCCCGCAGACGACCAGGUCGCGACCGACGUCACUGGCAUCGCCUUGGCACCGCAGGGCAAAGGAACUUGCAAGCGACGCUGCUGCUGGGCUACCGGCAUCGUUCUGAGCCUCCUCGCGACUGUGGGCAUCGGUAUUCUCAUCGGCUUCUUCAUCUUCGCCAACGAGAACGAAGACCGAGAGGAGCUUGGCGCACGGCAUGCGAAGGAGUAUGCGCCGGAGAUGGGCGGCUUCUUGACACUCUCCGUCGCGAACGCCACCCGCUUUCUUGCCCAUCCUCAAGUUCGGAGCGCACUUUCCUCUGGCAUCGCGAGCUUGCACAGCGAAGUGAGCGCCACGGACGUCGUCAUCAACGAGCUCCUGCAUGAGGAGAGCCGGGCGCAGGACCUCGACGAUGCGGGGCGCCGCCUGCAGGGAGCGCCGGAGGAGCGGCAGAUUCGCGUCCUCUACACGGUGCGGCGCGACAGCGUGGAGCAGGCGAAGGCUGUUCUGGAGGCGCUGCAGAAGGUCCCGGCGGACACAGUCACAAGCAAGCUGAGCGCAGCGGCGGUCUCUUUCGGAGUGGAUCCCAUCGAGGCAGUGGCGGAGCCAAGGUUCUGCAUGGUCUUCGAGCACUCCCAAGACGGAGUCCAUGGUGAUGACCGCCUGGAUUGCGACUGGGCUGAGAAGGACGACAAGGACGACAGGGACGACAAGGACGACAAGGACGACGACAAGGACGACGACAAGGACGAGGAGGAGGACGACGAGGAAGAUGACGAGAAGCGUGGCCGAGAUGACCGAGAUGACCGAGAUGACCGAGAUGACGACCGCCGGCUGCAGCCCAGGGACGAGGACGACGAAGACGAGGAGGACGAAGUCUAUGGUGAUGAGCGCCUGGAUUGCGACUGGGCUGAGAAGGACGACAAGGACGACAAGGACGACAAGGACGACAAGGACGACAAGGACGACAAGGACGAGGAGGACGACGACGAGGAGGACGACGAGGAAGAUGACGAGAAGCGCCUCUGA